CAUCUCACUGAAACUCGCUCGUGUUCGGCGGCAGGCAAAUCCGGCGGUUUAAAGCGCCACAACGGCAGCUCCAUUCACCGAUAACUGCCUCCAGGCGGCGGCAGCUCUGCUGAUCGGCCAUGGCUGUUUUGUCUUUCAUUUGUUAACAUCAAAUCUCAGCCAAGUUCCACUACUUUCCCUUUCUUUCCUACUCUUUUUCAUUGCUGGUCCUCAAAUUACAUCAUCCUUCGAUCUUGGUGCUUGGAAGCGUCUUCGAAUUGGUACGAUUCUGUGAUUCUUCUGUUUUAGGAGCUGUACAGGGAGUUGAAGUCUCGGUACAGACGAUUGGAGGUUUGGACCGUCCAAUCUGAAUAAUAUCUCAGUAUGAGAACGGCGAAAAGCGUUCAGGAAGACGAAGAGUACGAGGAGGACGAGCUGGUUGCUAAAAGAGAGGGGCCUGCUUCUACUUACAACGCAAACAGUAGCAUCGGAAACAGCAAAGAUGGGAAGCACAAUGAUAAGGCUAAUGCCAUAAGGUCGAAGCACUCAGUCACGGAACAGCGCAGAAGAAGCAAGAUUAAUGAGAGAUUCCAGAUUUUGAGAGAUCUUAUACCUCACAGCGACCAAAAGAGAGAUACCGUGUCGUUCUUAUUGGAGGUGAUUGAGUAUGUACAGUAUUUACAGGAAAAGGUGCAGAAAUACGAGGGUUCAUAUCAGAAUUGGAGUGGGGAACCUACUAAGUUGAUACCAUGGAGAAAUAGUCAUUGGCGUAUGCCGACUUUUGUUGGCCAUCCCGAGUCUGUAAAAAAUGGUUCUGCUUCAGGACCAAUGUAUUCAGGGAAGUUUGAUGACAACAACAUUUCAAUUUCACCAGCCAUGCUUGCGAGCUCACAGAAUCCUCUCGAGUCCCACACAGGCAGAGAUAUUCUACAGGAUGCUGACAUCACAAAUAAAGUUCCACUUCCCAUGUCUCUGGAAGGAAAUACUCAUGCUUCUAUCCGUAGUGAUGGUGUUCAUGAUCAAUCUCUCCACGUUCCAAUUUCUGAUGCACAGACAACAGAGUGUCCCAUCACCAACAAUGCAUCAAGCCAACCGGAGGAGAUGAGCAUUCAAGGAGGGACAAUAAGCGUUUCGAGUCUUUAUUCAGAAGGGUUAUUGAACAGCUUGACUCAAGCUCUGCAGAAUACUGGACUGGAUUUGUCACAGGCUAGUAUCUCCGUUCAGAUUGAUCUGGGCAAGCGAGCGAAUAAGAGAACGCCAUGCGGAACCCCUAUUUAUAAGGAAACUGGGAAUCCUCCCUCCGGCCACCCAUCAAUGGCACAUGAAGGGGACCUGGACAGUGAAGACGACUCAGAUCAAGUCAAAAAGCGGCGUAGGACAUGAUUAUAUGGCGUCUCGAGUCUCGAGUUCUCCGUGCAGUUACCAUUUUUAAUGUGUCAUAUCUAUUGUACAGAUUUGCGUUUUAUCUUCCUUGACCUUCUAUACAAUUUCUUCAAACUCAUAUUGCUAUGAGUAUCAGUGUUAAGCUUUGAAGAAGGGUUAUUUUUUUCCCCAGUAGAAUAUAUAACGAUUGUCUCUA